AUGACUCGUACCAUGUCCAUUUCAACCACCCUCCUUUUGCUCUUUUUGGCUGCAGCAUCAGCGACGGAGUUUUGCUUUUAUCGCAACGCUUACAGGGAUGGUCGUAUCAAUCGAUUUGACUGUAGCAUUCCGUCCGGCUCCAAAUUCAAAAUCAUUUGGAAACUGCUACCGCCCCUCGGUCGCCGCAGUCUUGGCGACAGCAAUACCGAUCAUGAUCAUCGUGGUCUCCGCAGUCUGGAGGACAACGACAGUCACGAUCAGCGUGGUCGUCGUCUUAGCCACCAGGAACUGUCCUUUACCAUUGCGUUUGAGAAUAAUGCGGGGGGUAGUCUGAGCAAGACGUGGAGCUCUUCGGACCUGGAUGGAAUCGGCCGGAUGGAGGAACAUGAUAUUGGAAGUCCACACGACGGGCUCAUGUACUUUGUGAUACAAUGUGACGAUGAUGACGGGCCGCUCUGCGACAAUGGAUUUAUCGUUUCCUUUGUCAUUGUGGAAUGCGGUUGUGCCGACGAUGAAUUUGAAGUGGAGGGAACCCCGUGCCGAGUUUUUCAAAGUCCUGGUGGUCUAGUCCAGGGAGCUGACGUUGGAUGUUGGCCACGUCCAGACCCACCUACUCCGGGAUCUGCGCCUUCGCCCACUCCUUGUUUCUCAGGAGAAGUUGAAAAGCAUCUCGAACUUUUCUCCACUGCGGACGGCGGUGGCGUCACUCUGCCCUUUGUUCAUCAAGCGACUGUGGGUCACAUGUUCUUUAGCCCGCUUCGCUUGGUAUGCAUCGGCGUGUCGUCCAAAGUUUCCAUUUGCCAUCACCGUGAUGCCCAGGGUUUGAUCACAUAUGCUUCUGUGGCGCUUGAACUUGUCGAGAUUGCUCGAAAGCAUCAUGCCAUGGUCCAGAUGUUGGUGUAUGGAUUGCUUUUUGUGGUGACGGGUGUCUGCUGGUGUGUUGAAUUGAUCUUGGGUCCCCGGUUGGGAGUCCUUUUCAUGCUCGUCUUGGGCCUUUACAAGUACAACAAAAGAGCAGCCAAUCCCAAGAAAGGAUAA